GUUCCUUUGCUGUCCAAGGUUUAUGCGCAGCAGCAGCAGCUUUGUGUUGCUGUGGACAGUGACCGGCGCCGUGGCGCCGAUCCUGGCCGUGUGCUGCCUGUACGGCUACAUCGUCUAUGUGGCCCUGAAACAAGCCAAGAGAGGAACCUUCAUGUGCAACGAGCUGCACUGCUUCUACGUUCCUGCAAAAAACUACCUGAGGAGCUCCGUCGUCAUGGUAACCACCUCAGGCUGCCUGCUGCUCUGCUGGCUGCCGUACAUCUCAUCUGCUCUCUACGAGACCUUCAGCGGUCAGCAGAGUCCGUCUGCGACUUCCACCUUUUCCACCUGGCUGGUUCUGACCGGCGCCGCUCUGAACCCCUGGAUCACCUGCUUGACCCAGGCCAGGUACCGGGUCGCCGCAUGGCGAGUUGUCCCCCGCCUGCUUCAGAAGUGCUGCAGGACGUCCUUGGAGACCUCCGACAUCCACCCGAACAAUCGGAUCAGAACAACUAACAGUUCCACGAAAACUCUAAUCUUGGACCCCCGUGACCACACGGACGCCGCUUCGUCUUCAGUCCAGAAGCCAAAGCUGCUGCCGUUGCAAUGCUCUCAAAGAGAACUCUGGGAAAUGCAGUCCAUUCCAGCGACUGGUCUGCCUUCAGCACACCAGAACCUGACAGAAACUGGCAGAACUUUACAGGACUUAACGGAAAUGCAGCCUUGUAUGUGUGCUGCUGGAUGGACCGGGUCGGACCGCUCAUCCAGAACUAUAUGAUACCGAACGCAACCGCCCCGCCCCAAUUGGUAGCCCGUUUUCCUCCUUUUGGUGGUCAUGACGACCUUCAUGUUCUGGACCGUUUGUCAGCAACGACCUUAAACCAGGUUUGGUCAGAUGUGACAUUAAAGUGGUUCAAAGAUCCAAAUCCCUGUUAUUUGAACUUCUGCAGGCUAACGGUGACCUCCAGAGGUUUGGGAGAACAUCUGUGGUUUCUCCAACCUAACAUGCUGAAGAAGUAUUUCUACAUGUUUGUUCAAAGCUGAGCCCAGGAACCCGUUGGACCUCAGCAGGUCC